AUGGGGGUGAGGCUCAGAGUCUGAGACUGGCCACUUGCUCCCCAUUCAAUCUCCCCCAGCGCCUUCCCCCCGGGGAGGCGCUUUCUGUCCAGCCGUCUGGAGGGGCGCCAAGCCGGCGAUGGCGACUCCAGCCAAGCACGUGUCCACAUACGUCCAGCAGGGCCCCACGUGUGUCCCCCCUACAGCCGGGCUUCUGUUCCUUGGCCACCGGCCCCCGUCUCCUACCCCGCGGGGACACGUGUGCGCGGGGAGCGCGCCCGGCACCGCCGGGGCCGAGCACGGCCUCCCACACUCCAGCGGCAGCGGGUCGCAGCAUCCGCCGGCGCGGGCCCCGCGGAGCCUCCUCGUCCGGGCAGAUGUCACCUCCCACAGCCGUCGUGGUGCCCCUCGCCCCCGUAGCCGGGCUGCACUCGGGUGGGCGCCGCGGAAGGGAGCCGCCCCGCGGGCACUCACCGCGCGCUCUGCCGCCGCCGCCGCCGCUCUCGCCUCCCCGCCGCGACGCGCGCCCGGCUUCACCUAAGCGCGGGGGCGCGUCCGCUCGGCGCCGCGCGCGCUCCGCCCCCGGUCCUCGGCCCGCUCGCAGCCUCCGGCUCCCUCUCCCGGCCGCCGCGGCCACUGCGCCCGGCGGGCCACAGCCCAGCGCCAAGCCCUCACCCUAGGUCCCCAAGGGUCUUCCCUGCGUGUCCGGCCUCGCGCCCGUCCAUGGGCCGGGGACCAGGGACUACUCCCGUCGGGCCAGCGGAUGGCGAGGUGCGCUGGGACGAGGUGUCCUAG